AUGACUAUUUGCCAAGAACCACAACCGGGCCUGGCCGUGUUGUUUGCACGACAGGCAUUAUCAAGCGGGCCAAGAGCUGCAAUUGAGGACGAGAAUCAUGUCAUCACGUACGCCGAGCUUCACUCCAAGGCUAUAAGUUUGGCUUGCCAGAUACGCAGUCAUUCUCCAGCGGAUACGGCACCUGUUGGAAUUCUCAUUCCGCGCAGCAUAAACCAUGUUCUUUCCCAGGUGGCCGUGAUUUGCGCGGGGAGGGCAUGCGUUCCGCUGAAUGAGCAGCUUCCCGACUCUCAUCUGGCGAGUAUGCUGGAGAACCUGGGCGCGAAGCUUGUCAUUACCGAUGCAGCCCACAGACAUCGACUACCCUCCUCGGAGCGCCUCGUUGUGGACCACUGCAAUAUUUGUACCGAUAAAGAUGAAGACUUUGAAAUUGAUCAAGUCGGGCCUGAACGCUGCUCCCACGUCCUGCACACAUCGGGCACGACGGGGAAGCCCAAGGCCGUGGAGGCGCUGGCCCAGGGCAUCAUCAACCUUUGCCUGGACCCGAUCGAUCUAGUCAAGUUCGGUCAACGCGUUGGCCACAGCACCAACGUCAUCUUCGAUACGAGCCAGGUCGAGAUCUGGGCUUCAUUGCUUCGGGGUGCAACGAUGGUGGUGAUCCCAAUGGCGACAGUGCUUGAUGCCGCCGCACUGGGCGUCUUCAUUCGGACCAAGAGGCUUGAUGUCCUCCAGCUCACCACGUCGUUGCUUACUGUUACAGCCUACGCAUGCCCCGGAGCGUUUUCCACGCUGGACACUCUAAUCACCGGUGGCGAGGCCAUCAAUUGCCAGAGCAUCAACUCCAUUUUCAAGGCGGGAGCUCCACGGCGCAUCAUCAAUGGUUACGGACCUACAGAGUCUAGUGUAUACACGCUGAUGCACAAGGUUUCACAAGAAGAGGCCCAGAAGGGCGAAAUUCCUGUCGGCAAACCAUUGCGAAAUGUUGAAGUGUUCAUUGUCGGGGAAGAUUUCAGCCCAGUCAAGCCGGGCGAGGUCGGCGAAUUGCUGAUUUGCGGCAUGGGCGUCGCCAGGGGCUAUAUUGGUGAAUCCAUGAAGACGAGCAAAAGUUUCCUGUCCUUGCCACAUCUCCCUCGUACCGUAACCCGAGGACUGGCGCACGCAUACCGGACUGGUGACCUGAUGCGAGCGGACGAACAGGGCGUUCACCAGUACAUUGGACGCAUGGACAACCAAGUCAAGAUUCGGGGCCAGCGAGUGGAAUUGGAGGCUCUAGAGGCCGCUCUGCUGCAGACGAAUCUGGUCAGCGCUGCGGUGGUUAUCAAGAUUACGCCGAAGGAAGUCGACAGGGCCCAGUUCCUGCUUGCCUACUGCAUUCCAACCUCUCCCGACGUCACUCCCGCAGCUGUGGUGAAAUCCUACCUGGAACGUGCUCCGCACCUGAUGAUUCUACGCGUCAAGUUCAUAGACAACCUCCCUUUAAUGGCUACAGGGAAAGCAGACCGGAAACGGUUGGAGAUGCUCUACGACGAGGAGCUGGCGCAGUCCCGAACCAAGGCCGCCCAAUCCCAGGUCGGGAGCCGAGACGUCGCCUCGGAGCUGGAAUAUAUCUGGAUCGACGUCUUGGGUCUUCCAGUGGAGCGUCUUGCUCCCACCGAUGACUUUCUAGCAAUGGGCGGGACGUCUCUUAUGGCCGCGACGAUGAUCGCCCGCAUCAACCAGACGUUCGACAUCGGCGUCCGAUCCCAGAUGUUGUACGAGAACACCACGCUAGAGAAGCUCACGCAAAUGGUGACUAACGUGCGCAAUGGCGGCGACCAGACGGAAACCCAAGCUGCAGAAGAGAUCUGGUGGCAUGACUCGCAGCUCGGCCAACACUUGCGGCCCCUGGAAAUGCCCAUUCCACAUUGGCAGGAUCCGUUUGAAGGCCGGGUCUUCAUAACCGGUGCUGCAGGAUUCGUGGGAGCGCUCCUACUGACAACCCUGGCGGCACGGCCAGACGUAAAGAAGGUGGCCUGUCUAGUGCGAGCCCCGGAGAAGAAAUCGGCGAUGCGUCGUAUUCAGGAUACAUUGGACCAGUACCAGCUCCAGGUUGACCUGGAAAAAGUCAUCGUGCUUCCAGGCAGCUUUGCUCUGCCCCGGCUCGGUCUGAGUGACGAUGAGUACGACUACUACGCCGAAUGGUCCAGCGUCGUGUUCCACCUGGGGGCCAAAGUGAGCUAUGUGGCACCCUACUCUUCCCAUCGCCAAGACAAUGUCAUCGGAACCGUGAAUAUGCUUGAAUUUGCCAACCACAAGCGGCUGAAGGCCAUGCACUAUUCUUCAACCAUCGCUGCAUAUGGCCCAACGGGAUACGUCACAGGGGCUAAGCUCCUGCCGGAGGACGAGCGUCCGGCAGCUCACCUGGCUGCGUUACCCUAUGACACAGGUUACGCCCAGAGCCAGUACGUGGCCGAAGGUAUCGUCUGGGCCGCGAUCGACAAUGGCUUUCCAGUCGCGGUGUACCGACCAGGUUUCGUCCUCGGCCACAGCCAGAAGGGGAUUUGUAACCGCAACGACUUCGCCUCGCGACUAUUCACCAGCUGCAUGGAAAUGGGCACGUACCCGAUUCUCCCGGACCAGCGCAAAGAGUUUAUUCCUGUAGACUUCGUCGUCAAUGCGAUGCUGCACAUCUCCACCUCGCACCACAAUCUUGGUGCAGCAUACAACCUCGUACAGCCGGAGCUGGAGAACGCGAUCGACAUCAAUACCUGCUUUGAUCUGCUCAGUCGGAUUGCCCAUGUACCGAUCCGCGGCAUUGCCUAUGCAGACUGGGUGAGCUCACUGUCUACACGCUUGGACGACCCCCUGCAUCCGCUCACUCCGAUGCUGAAGGAGAAGGUCCUGGACGACAAGAGCCGCUGGGAAGUCUACGAAAACAUGGCUGAGUACGGCCGGGAGAAUAUCCGUCGGGCUUUGCAAGAUGCUCCUCACAUUCUCCACUGUGGCUCUAUUGAAGACCUGUUCCGCCGCUCACUGUCCAGCUGGCUGCCUGACCGCAAGCGUCCCAUCGUCGAGUCCGUCCAGAUCCAUGUCAAUGUAAAUGGAAUUGCCCAGGUGUGA